AUGUCUUCACAACAGCAGCGUCAACAGCAGCUAAUUCUAAAUGCACGCCGACGUCGGAUGCAGAUGAUAACUGCUAAGCGACAACCAAACCCUAGCAGAAACAGUGGCACUCUUUUAGGACAGCAAAUGCAGCCUCAAUCAGGGACAAUGGGGUCCAAAUAUGAUGACCUGCCCAUACUAGAACCCGCUGAUGUUAUCUUCAUCGGUGAAAAUCCUCAGUCGGUCGGUCUAGUUCCCGCCUUCUUCGGGUCCUUCGAAUCCGCCUGCCAGCACGGGCCCCUCUCAAUCAUUCAGUCCAUUGUCUCAUCUAAAAACCUCACACCUGCUUUUCUUCACCAUGGUCUUACACGUGCCCUACGCUCUGGUAAUAUUGAGAUUGCUCGUUAUCUCCUCACUAGUGGCGCACCAAUUGUCCGCGAAACUCCAAGCAAUAUCUUCUUCGUAACUUUGGAACAGCAAAUUGCCCUCUUUGAGCUCUUUACCCAGUAUGGAUGGACUCCCAACACCCCAGGUUACUAUGGUAGUAUCCUGCUCCCUCGGACUGUCAACAGACUCCCUCUUCUUCGUUGGUUCAUCGACCAUGGAGCCAAUCCCAACCUUGGUGUGCAAAGAACCACCCAUGACAGGCGUGGUGGGCCAGAUACUUCCUCAUGUGCUGCACUCGAGGCAGCCGCAGUUCGUGGAGGGGUCGAGGCUAUGCGUAUGAUUCUAGAUGCAGGGGCUAAGAUCCAAAACGGUGUACCACUACACCAUGCUGCUGGAGCUUGUCCCCCCGGCGCGAAUCCGCAUGCUGGGCGUGUGGUACCGAGCCGAGAAUUUGACACCGGCAGGAUUCCAGUAAUGGCACUAUUGGUCGAUCGUGGGGCUGAUGUUAAUCAGAGAGAAGAGUCGCGACAUAUGGUCCCGCAAUACGCGAUUGUGCAUGCGGUGAUGGCAGGAGCAGUUGAGCGGGUCAAGUGGUUGUUAGAGCAUGGGGCAGAUCCGUGUAUAAGAGGAAGCUGGGGUAGUGCAGCUGAAUAUGCACGCACCUCAGGGAACGAAGAGAUAAUCAAGGUCAUUGAGGAAUUUACUGAAAAUGGUUGA